AUGAUUCGCUCGAAAGUUGAAGUCAUGUGGGGCAUUAGUCCCACUCUAGUUCUCUACCCAUUUCAUUUCCUAUUCUUCCCUGCAACACUGCUAUUUCUAAACCUGUACAUCAUGAAGCUUAGUAGUUAUCCUCUAGAUCUUGGUUGGAGCUUCCGUGAUCUCGAUUCGGAGGAAUGGAUGCCCGUUCGAAAGGUGCCGUCAGUUGUGCAACAGGAUCUCAUUGACAACGAGAAAUUGAAAGACCCAUUUAUUAGAUUCAAUGAGCUUGAUGCUCAGUGGGUCAAUGAAAAAUCCUGGAUCUACCGAAAAGUCAUCCAGAAGCCAAAUGCUCCCCAAGGAGCGACUGUGGCCUUGGUUUUUGAUGGAUUGGACACGUUUGCUACUGUCAAACUUGACAGUAAGAUUGUGUUGACAAGUGCUAAUAUGUUCGUGGGUCACCGAAUCGACAUAACACGGGAAUUGGAAGCGGAUGGUGACCACAUCAUUGAAGUUGAGUUUGACUGUGCGUUACUCAAAGCACGAGAGCUGCGAAGAGAUUACCCCUUACAUAAGUGGAUUUCAUUCAAUGGGGAUCCAUCUCGUCUGGCUGUCCGGAAAGCACAGUAUCAUUGGGGCUGGGACUGGGGCCCUGUUCUAAUGACGGCUGGGAUUUGGCGUGCUGUACAUCUCGAGGUAUAUACUGCACGGGUGAGCAAUCUUUGGCCCCAAGUGAAAGUAGCACCAGACCACCAAUCUGCUUUGGUGACUGCAGCCGCCAAGGUAGACACAGUGGUGAUCGGGGACUAUAGUGCCCGGUUUAGGUUGGUCUUACGAGGAAUCGAAAUUGCUCAUCAGGAUAUACCCGUUUCGAGAGAGAGUGAUACGCAAGUGAUAUUCCGUAUAAAUUGCCCUGAACUUUGGUGGCCCCAUGGUUAUGGUGACCAGUCUUUGUAUGAAAUAUCAGUGUCACUGAUCCACAAUAAUGAGGCAGUCGACCAAGUUUCCAAGAAAUUUGGUAUCCGUUCUGCCGUAGUGGUUCAGCAGCCUGAUAAACACGGGAGAUCGUUCUUUUUCCGUAUCAAUGGAAUGGAUAUCUUCUGUGGUGGUGCGUGCUGGAUUCCGGCAGACAGCCUCCUCACAAACGUCAGUCGGGAUCGAUACCGCAAAUGGAUUCAAUUGAUGGUCGAGGGCCGCCAGGUGAUGAUUAGGGUCUGGGGUGGUGGAAUCUACGAGGAUGACACAUUCUACGAGACGUGCGACCAGCUAGGAGUGAUGGUUUGGCAAGACUUCAUGUUCGCAUGUGGAAACUAUCCAACAUGGCCCGGGUUCCUGGAAUCAGUUCAUAUGGAGGCAGUUUUCAACUUGCACCGUCUACGCCAUCAUCCCUCCAUCGUGAUCUAUGUCGGCAACAAUGAAGACUAUCAGGUCCAAGAGACAGCAGGUCUGACAUACAACUAUGAAGACAAAAAUCCAUAUCAUUGGCUCAAUACAGACUUUCCUGCACGAUACAUCUAUGAAAAGUUACUUCCGGAUUUGGUAGCCGAACACUCUCCCAGCACAUUCUACCACCCAGGUAGCCCAUGGGGGGACGGGAAGAAAACCUCCGAUCCAACAGUUGGAGACUUGCAUCAGUGGAACGUGUGGCACGGUACUCAACAAAAGUAUCAGAUUUUUGAUACACUGGGUGGUCGCUUCAAUAGUGAAUUUGGCAUGGAGUCGUUUCCAUAUCUUCCGACGAUCCAAUACUUUGUCGAGAAUGAGCAGGACUUGCAUCCUCAAUCUCAUGUGAUGGAUUUCCAUAACAAAGCGGAUGGACACGAACGGAGACUGGCGACAUACCUUGUCGAAAAUGUACGACUAGCCACAGAGCUAGAGAAAUACAUAUACCUCACUCAAGUCGUCCAGGCUGAGACGAUGACGUUUGGGUAUCGAGGAUGGCGUCGCCAAUGGGGAGAUGAUCGACACUGUGGUGGGGCGCUUUUGUGGCAGUUGAACGACUGUUGGCCUACGAUCUCAUGGGCCAUUGUUGAUUAUUUAUUGCAUCCCAAGCCAGCUUACUAUGCUGUGAAGCGCGUGCUUAGUCCUAUUGCAGUUGGAGUGAAACGUGAGCAUCACGAUUGGAGCGUGACGCACGCGAAACCCCCACAAAAAAGUUUCUAUGAACUAUGGGUCGCUUCAAGCCGACCAUACGAGGUCCGCGGGAGUAUCGAACUACGCUUUCUCUCCAUCGAGACAGGCGAAGAAAUUCGAAAAGCCAUUACUCAAGAUGUUAAGAUAUUGUACAAUGGAACCACUGAAAUCAUUAGCGGCACUAUCGACCACGUCCUUUAUCCGGAACCACAUGUUCUCUCGGCUCGAUUGUGGGUGGAUCAAAAUAUAGUGGCCCGAGAUGUUGAUUGGCCACAACCGCUCAAGUACCUGAAAUUCUCCGAUAAUUUAAAGAUUGAGUUUAACCGCACUCGGAAUCAGAUUCACUUAUUGAUCAGUGCGCGAACCCCUGCCAAGGGACUCGUCUUUGAGGCCACAGAUGGUGUCCUUCUUAGCGAUAAUAUGAUGGAUAUUGUACCUGGUGAUCCUCAAACUGUCAUCGCCUCUUCCGUCUCUGCCGACUUCUCAAAUUUCACUCUCAACUAUAGGUUUUUGGGACAAGAACAAACCAAUUGCAUCACUUUCGCCUGA